UGCUGGACAUGAGGGUCGAGAAGGCACCAAUCUUUCCAGUAAUGAUGUUCCUCAAAAUGGCUUCUCCACUUCAUCUGGUCUUUCUGUUCAUGAUCUCAGGAGCUCUUGGGAAUAAAUGGAGUGUGACAUACAGCAAACUAAAUCUCUGUGCUUUAAAAGGAUCUACAGUGUUUAUGAACGUCACGUACACACAUCCAACAGGUCUUAAUGUGACGAACAGGUUUUGGUUAAUAAACCCAAUUAAGGGUAAAGAACCGACUGAUCUGCGUAAUGAAUCAGGUUACUCAGACAGAGUGGAGUAUUUAGGAGAUGAACAGAGACACUUCUCCCUCAGACUGAGUGACGUGAAGAAAUCAGAUGAACACACGUACUGCUUCAGAAUCAUAACAAAUAAAACAGGAGAAAGAUACGUGGGUCAUCCUGGAGUCAUACUCACUGUUACAGAUCUUCAGGUGAUCGCUCCUGCAGAAGUGACAGAGGGACAAUCAGUCGUUCUGAUCUGUAAAACCACCUGCAGUCUGACUGAUCCAACAUUCAUCUGGUACAAAAACAGACGUGAUUUAACCACAAACACCCCCAAGAGCAAUGAACUCCACCUGCAGCCGGUCAGCAGUGAGGAUGCAGGCAGUUAUAGCUGUGCUGUAAGAGGAUAUGAACAUCUCCCCUCUCCUGCUCAAACCAUCAGAGUCAGAUAUCCUCCAAAGAACGUCUCAGUGUCCAUCAGCUCCUCUGGUGAAGUAGUGGCGGGCAGUUCAGUGACUCUGACCUGCAGCAGUGAUGCUAACCCACCUGUGGAGAACUACACCUGGUUUAAGGGGACAACAUCAGUAGGAAAAGGAAAUACCUACACCAUCUCCAAGAUCAGCUCUGAGGACAGUGGAGAGUACAAGUGCAAGUGCAGUAAUGAAGUCGGACAUCAGGACUCCAUCAGUGUAACUCUGAAUGUUCUGUAUCCUCCAAAGAACGUCUCAGUGUCCAUCAGCUCCUCUGGUGAAGUAGUGGAGGGCAGUUCAGUGACUCUGACCUGCAGCAGUGAUGCUAACCCACUUGUGGAGAACUACACCUGGUUUAAGGGGACGACAUCAGUAGGAAAAGAAAAGACCUACACCAUCUCCAAGAUCAGAUCUGAGGACAGUGGAGAGUACAAGUGCAACUGCAGUAAUGACGUCGGACAUCAGGACUCCAUCAGUGUAACUCUGAAUGUUCUGUAUUCUCCAAAGAACGUCUCAGUGUCCCUCAGCUCCUCUGGUGAAAUAGUGGAGGGCAAUUCAGUGACUCUGACCUGCAGCAGUGAUGCUAACCCACCUGUGAAGAACUACACCUGGUUUAAGGGGACAACAUCAGUAGGAAAAGGAAAUACCUACAACAUCUCCAAGAUCAGUUCUGAGGACAGUGGACAGUACAAGUGCAACUGCAGUAAUGAAGUCGGACAUCAGGACUCCAUCAGUGUAACUCUGAAUGUUCUGUAUCCUCCAAAGAACGUCUCAGUGUUCCUCAACUCCUCUGGUGAAAUAGUGGAGGGCAGUUCAGUGACUCUGACCUGCAGCAGUGAUGCUAACCCACCUGUGGAGAACUACACCUGGUUUAAGGAGAAUGAAUCGUCACCUGUAGGAUCUGGACAGAGUUACGGAGCACUACAGAGUGGACAGUACUACUGCGAGGCUCAGAAUCAACACGGCUCUGAGAGAUCAGCUGCAGUGUCCGUCACUUUAAACAGGGUUCAGAGCUUAGGUGUGUACGCAGGUGUUGGGGCUGUUGUGUUUGUGUGUGUUUGUCUCAUCAUCACCUUCCUGUUUAUAAGGAAAAAGAAAAGAAUUGAUUCAACAGUAGACCAAAGUUUUAAACAGGAUGAUCUUUACGCCAACGUAGCAGUGACAAAUCCAAUCGCUACGGCAUCCGCUUCAGCCUCGGCCAAUCCGGAUGAAGUUCUCUAUGCCAGCGUUGUACGUCGGAGUGCCAUUGACCCUGGGAACACUGAGAGUUCUGCUGUGAAAGCUUCUGCCUCUGAGGAUGAUGAGGUUCAGUACUCUAGUGUCAGAUUCACUCGCAAAGGUGCUGACUACAGGCCUUCCAAUGAUGAGGAUCCCACUGCGAUCUACAGCAGAGUGAAAUAAACAACAUUCACCCAAUUAUUCAACAUCACCACAACUUGGCCAUAGUGGAAAGUAGAAAAUCACAUGAGCCUAUUUCUAUUUUUAUUUUUUAAAUUCCUUUUUUUGGCCCUGAGUAGUGAAUUCUAUGGAUUAUUUUGUAUUGUAUCAGGUGCAGACUUGUGUUAUUAGCUACGAUGGACAUGUUAUCGCCAAAAGUCUUCUCUAGGUGUGAUUGUUCAGUUGUCUUCCCAUUUUAUUUACAAGGUAUGGUAAUCGAGGAGUUGUAUUUGGAUAAUAUUUUAUAUAUUUUGGAUAAGACUUUCAUUUGUUGUGAGAGAUUUAGUAGUUCUGAUAGGAAUGGGGGUGGUAGGCUAUAAUGUCCUGUCUUUUAGGUUGCUUUUAGAGCAUAUAAUGGAUUUAAGUUGUAGAAAUUCAAGGAAAUGUUUAUUUCUACUCCAUGCUUCUCAGCUAGAUAAGGGUAAUGAUGAAAAGGUGUUGUUUUUUUACAUAUGUGUUUAAGGUGUGUAAUGCCUUUGUCUACCCAUUUGGGGAUGUUUAUCUUCACUGUGUUUGCAAAGUCGGGUUGUGCCAUAUGGGAGCAUUUUCGGUUAGUUGGACUGGUGAAUUUAUUGUUUUAUAAAAUUUCCAUCAAGCUGUUGGACUUUUGAAGCAGGGGUGGCAUUUAAUAUCAGUGUUGAUGAAUGGUAGGUCUGAGAUUUUGAUUUUAUUGCAUAGCUCCUGUUCCGCAUCUCGCCAAAUCACAUUUAUCUGACUGGGCUUUAUCCACUUGAUUAUAUAUUGGUCUUGGUUAGUGAGGUAAUAUUUUUACACCAACAUAAGUGAUGUAGUCAGUGCUUAUGGGGAUAGACAGAGAUUGUACUGUAUUUUUGGGCAGUUUCAUGUUGAGAUGGAGCAUAGAGGAUUUGGACUAGUUAACUGUGUAACUGAAAGUUUUACUCUACUACCCAAACAUUUUUUUAAAAAUUAUUCUUGUAUUGAUUCUAUACUGUAGGUUUUGGUAAGAAGAGUAUGAUAUCAUCAGCAUAUAAGCUGAUUUUGUAUUCCAUGUUUGCUGUCUGGAUCCGAUUAAUGUUUACAUUCUGUCUUAUUGCUGCAGCUAAUGGUUCUAUAAAAAUGGCGAAUAGGGAUGUAGAGAGUGGGCUUCUGUGUAGAGUGAAACUGUGUGAUAUCAGUCCGUUAGAGAUAACUGUGGCCUUUGGUGAUGUGUCGAGUAUUUUUAUCCAAUGAAUAAAUGAUUCACUGAAAUCUAAUCUAUGAAGAGUGGUGAGUAGAAAUGUCCAGUUAACUUUAUUAAAGGAUUCUCUGCAUCAAGUGUUACUAUUACUGAUUCUAUAUGUUGAUGUGAUGUGUAAUGUACCAGGUUGAGGAGUCUACACAUGUUCGUGGUUAACUGUCAGUUUUUAAUGAGUUGUGUUUGUGUUGAUCAGUGAUGGGAUUGGUAAGGACGGUAACUAGAGGCUAAAGUGGGGUCUUUAAUGGAUUUUAGGUGAAGUGAUAUACUGGUGAUAUUCAUUUCUAUCAGAAGUUUCAUAUUCAGUUUAAUUUCAGAUACUAAUCUGUUGAAGUGUGGUGUCAGGAUAGUCCAGAACUGUUUAUAGAACAAAGCAUCAGGAUCUGGUGUUUUAUUAUUAGGGCAUGUAAGGGCAUAGAUCUCAUCUGGGUGUAUUGUUUAUCUGUGGAAACUGCUUGUUCUUGUAUGUAUAGUAUUUAAUUAAGUCUAAUAGCAGUGUGUGUGUGUGUGUGUGUGUGUGUGUGUGUGUGUGUGUGUGUGUGUGUGUGUGUGAGAGAGAGAGAGAGAGAGAGAGAGAGAGAGAGAGAGAGAGAGAGAGAGAGAGAGAUUUAUAUUUAUGGAAGAUAGACAAAGGUAUAUGCAUCAUUUAUGUAGGUUCAGGUGUGAGAUCACUCAUCUGUAAAAUGCUAUAUGAAAAUUGUGUUGAUUUAUAAAUUAUAAGAAUAUUUUUGUACUGUGUGCGCAUGUGUAUUAAC